AUGCCUCCUAAGAUUAUCACUCUUCCAACAUGGAAAAAAUUCAUCUUCGAUUUUAUCUUUUAGCAAGAAAGGAAAGGAAGUUUGAAGAUGAUAGUUUCCAGAGUAGAAAUUUUUUUACUUACAGUAUAUACCAUAUUCCAAAGGAAAGUAUAGAUCAGCUUCUGUCUGUUGCUGGUUUCUUUCUAUAAAAUUGUUACCUCCAGAAAGGAAAUAUCAUUUAUGAUUCAUCUGAGAUAUAUUAAUGGUAUUCAUGCAGUAUAUCAUAAGCAACUCCAUAAUGUGAGGGAAUGUGUCAUGCUUCUGCUACAAGAAACAGACCAAUUAAAUUUAAUGUUGAUACAUUGGGAUAUUACAUAUUAUGCAAUCAAAAAUAGAGUGCUAAUUCUCUAUUUGUAAUGUAUAUAGGUAAUCGCUUUUUCAAUGUUCAGAUAAAUCAUUCAACAAUAUUAUGCUGA